AUGGCCACGCACAGAGAGGCCAUCUUCCUUUCCACUCCCUAUAGGGAACCGGCGCCGGCUCCAUCUUCUGAACCAAAAGUGGAAGAGGUGGGAACGACUUCAGCACCUCUGAAGAGCAUCGCCUUCUUCCUGGGUCAGCAUUGCAAGAAUGUGAAUGAGGAUUUCAUCCUCUGCAAGAAUGAGGAUAGGGAUCCUAAACAUUGUUUGAAGGAGGGCAGGAGAGUCACUAGGUGCACCCAGGACUUGUGAGUGCUGCGAAAAAAGGCCUGGCCUGCAAGGAAGGGGCAUGCGGCAGUAGUCGCACGCUGGAGGUAUGGCAUGGCCAUCAAGUAGUCAGGCGUGGCUUGACACCGACGGACAAUGGCCAUGGAGACGUCUGCUUCACGGGCUUGCGAAGGAGUCCCGCUCAGCAAUAGCGAGCCGUACACGCAAAGUGGAGCGUGCUUCCUCACUCUCGAGCUGCCGAUCUGGGCAAACGCUAUCCUGUAAGCUUUUGCGAGGAGCUGAUCGCAUGUGACAUGCUGCUGCGCUUGACAGGUUGGCCAAGAUGGGACAGGCGUGCGGCAAGGAGUGGGAUGCUCAUUGGCAAUGUCUGGAGAACGAGAACCAUGUGAGUGCAAUUGUGCAGCCACAUCGUCUUUCGACAUCUCCUCCAGGCGCUCACUGACUCACCCUCACGAAUGCUCGUCCGGCGUUUGGGGACCUGCAGGAACUGUACAGAUGCCGCAAAGCAGAACGACCAUUGAAUAAAUGUGCUUUUGACAAGCUGGUGAGUGGUUCAGUCAGGCGAAGCUUGAGGAGCGCGUGCCCUCAUCAAGACCUGCUAUAAGCGCCCGGAACGAGCUUUACGGGCUCAGUCGCUGCUAUGAUGCAUCGCGUCGCGCAACUUCAUCCUGAUCCUCAAGACUCUUCCACUCGCAGAAAUUGUCAAAGAACAUUCCCGGGUCACCCGAGGGUCAGCCGCAAAUUCACGAAAAGACGAACCCCGUCUUGACUGGCUCUCAACGCUGA